AUGGCUGCUCAGCAGAACGGGCCGCUGGGGAAUGUGUUGAAGGAGCCGGAUUUCGCUCGGGCGUUUCAGGAGCUAUCCCGAGGCGAACAAACAGCUACUGCACUCGAGAACUCGCUCGACAAGAUCGAGAGGAUGAUGGACGAGUUUCUGGCCAAAGCUGAAGAGGAGGAGAAGGCCAAACAAGCUAAGACGGGUACCGGAAGCAAAGCGAAGUCACAAACAACCUCCACCGACUCGGACACAGCCAAAGACACGUCCUGA